AUUGAAAUGCUGUACGCCUUUAAGAGAGGUGGGCGUGUACAGGAGCUGCUCCGGCUUUACUCUGCUGAUCAGAUCGCACUCAAGGCACUCAGUCAGUCAGUCAGUCAGUCACAGGGCUCGGACCUGGAGACAUUGGACACAACACACACACACACACACACACACACACACAACACACACACACACACACAUAUACACACAUAUCUGCUGCUGGCUUGAACCCUUUGGCUGUGACACCGUAAAACGGAUUACAUUUAAGCAACACGGCUCUUCUCUGAGAUGAAGCUGGAUGACCAUGCAGACUAGAUAGCAGACUUGGCUUGUUCGGCCCAUCCAGCGCGGAGAGGAUGCCUCCCCGGAAGCGCACGCGGCCCGGCCUGGGCCUUCUGUGCUGCUUUGUCAGCAGCGAACCCCCAGAGAUUAACCUGAAGGACAGUGUUCCCUUGCAGCUGCUCGAGUUCAGCGCCCCCAUGCCCUUAGAGGAGGAACUGAACGCCCGCUUUUCUGAACUGGUGGAUGAACUGGAUCUCACCGACAAGAACAGAGAGGCCAUGUUUGCCCUUCCUGCUGAGAAGAAAUGGCAGAUCUACUGCAGCAAGAAGAAGGAGCAAGAGGAUCCCAACAAGCUUGCUACCAGCUGGCCUGACUACUACAUAGACCGCAUCAACUCCAUGGCUGCUAUGCAGACCCUUUUUGCGUUUGACGAGGAGGAGAUGGAGAUGAGGAAUAAAGUGGUUGAAGAUCUGAAAACUGCACUUCGUACUCAGCCCAUGAGGUUUGUGACUCGCUUCAUCGAACUGGACGGUCUCACGUGUCUGCUGAACUUCCUGAAGAGCAUGGACUUCGAGACGUCAGAGAGCCGCAUCCACACUUCCGUCAUCGGCUGCAUCAAAGCGCUGAUGAACAACUCGCAGGGCCGAGCGCAUGUGCUGGCCCACCCGCAGAGCAUCGACACCAUCUCCCAGAGCCUGCGGCAGGACAACAUCAAGACCAAGGUGGCUGUGCUGGAGAUCCUGGGUGCUCUGUGCCUGGUACCUGACGGCCAUAAGAAGGUGUUGCAGGCUAUGGCGCACUAUCAGAAGUACGCUGCUGAGAGGACACGCUUUCAGACUCUUCUACACGAGCUGGACAGGAGCACCGGUCGCUACAGGGACGAGGUCAACCUGAAGACCGCCAUCAUGUCCUUCAUCAAUGCUGUACUAAAUGCAGGACCUGGAGAGGACAACCUUGAGUUCCGUCUUCACCUCAGGUACGAGUUCUUAAUGUUGGGGAUCCAGCCAGUCAUCGACAAGCUUAGGGGUCAUGAAAACGCAACUCUUGACAGACAUUUGGACUUUUUCGAGAUGGUGCGGAAUGAAGAUGACUGUGAACUCGCCAAACGCUUCGACAUUACACAUGUGGAUACGAAAAGCGCCGGCCAGAUGUUUGAGCUGAUUAAGAAGAAGCUGAGCCACACAGAAGCCUAUCCUCAUCUUCUAUCAAUUCUCCAUCACUGCCUGCAGAUGCCAUAUAAACGUGGAGCAAGCAGUGUACAGCAGUGGCAGCUCUUAGACCGAAUCCUUCAACAGAUUGUUUUGCAAGAUGACAAAGGGGAAGACCCAGAUGUUUCUCCUUUGGACAAUUUCAACGUCAGGAACAUAAUUAGAAUCUACGGAAAGCAGCGCUCAUCCAGGCUCGUGAACGAGAACGAGGUGAAACAAUGGCGGGAACAGGCCGAGAAAUUCAGGAAAGAGCAUGCAGAACUCAUGGCCCGACUUGAGAGGAAGGAGCGAGAGUGUGAGAUCAAAACACAAGAGAAAGAAGACAUGAUGAAAACUCUGAACAAGAUGAAAGACAAGCUACAGAGAGAAGGAGUAGAACUGCGCUCUGCCAGGGAACAAGUUUUAGAUCUGUCUUCUCGGAUUAAUGAUUUUUCUAAUGGAAGUACGGUGUCAUUCCCUCCACCUCCUCCACCCGGAGGUCCGAUGCCUCCACCUCCUCCUCCUCCAAUGAUGACUGGUUUCCCUCCACCUCCUCCUCCACUCCCAUUCUGCCCAGCCCCUCCUCCACCACCACCUCCUCCAGGUGCUCCGCCUCCACCUCCUGGAGCUCCACCCAUUUUCUCCGGCGCACCAGUCCCACUGGCGCCCGCUACCUUCAGCAGCGGCACGAGUCUGCGCAACAAAAACAUCCCACAGCCAUCACACCCACUCAAGUCUUUUAACUGGGCCAAGCUGGGCGAGAACAAGAUCACGGGUACGAUCUGGCACGACAUCGAUGACCUGCAGGCUUUCAAAGUCCUUGACCUGAAAGAUAUCGAGAAAAUGUUUUCGGCUUAUCAGAGGCAACAAGAGCUGCUCACUAACCAAUCCUUCAAACAGAAGGAGACCGGCUCCAUGGAUGACUUGUAUCUAAGCACAAGGAAAGUGAAGGAGCUGUCUGUCAUCGAUGGGCGGCGUGCACAGAACUGUGUUAUCUUACUCUCAAAGUUAAAAAUGAGCAACGAGGAGAUCAAGAGAGCCAUUCUGGAAAUGGACGAGAGAGAGGAGCUGGCUAAAGAUAUGCUAGAACAGCUGUUAAAAUUUGUUCCUGAAAAGAGCGACACUGACCUUCUGGAGGAACACAAGCACGAGCUGGACCGCAUGGCCCGUGCCGACCGCUUCCUGUACGACAUGAGCAGGAUUGAUCACUACCAGCAGAGGCUCCAGUCCCUGUUCUUUAAAAAGAAGUUUGCAGAACGACUUGCAGAGACCAAGCCGAAGGUGGACGCUAUUGUCUGUGCAUCCCGUGAGGUGAUGAGGAGUAAACGUCUGACUCAGGUUUUGGAGGUGGUCCUGGCCUUUGGGAACUUCCUGAAUAAAGGCCAAAGAGGGAAUGCCUAUGGCUUUAAAGUGUCUAGCCUGAACAAGAUUGUGGACACCAAGUCAAGCAUAGACAGAAACAUCACCAUGUUGCACUACCUGAUCAUGAUUUUUGAGAAGAACUAUCCAGACACCCUCAACGUCCAGCAAGAUCUUCUCAGUGUACCGGAGGCAGCAAAAGUCAAUCUGGCUGAACUGGAGAAGGAAGUCUACAGUAUAAAGAGUGGACUGAAGGCUCUGGAAGCAGAGCUGCAGUAUCAGCAGAGCCGGCCACGCGAUCGAGGGGACAAGUUCAUCCCUGUGGUCAGUGACUUUAUCACCGUGGCUAGUUUCAGCUUCUCUGAGCUGGAAGAUUUGCUGAACGAGGCAAAGGACAAGUUUGCCAAGUCACUGAAGCACUUUGGAGAGGAACAGGUGAACAUGCAGCCAGAUGAGUUCUUCGGGAUCUUCGACACCUUCCUGCAGUCGUUCAACGAGGCUCGUCAAGACCUGGAGAACAUGCAGCGUCGCAAGGAGGAGGAAGAGAAGCGAGCACGCAUGGAGGCCAUGCUGAAAGACCAGAGGGAGCGAGAAAGGAGGGCGAAGAAGAGCGCAGGAGUGGGUGUGUCGGAGGAAGUGGGCGAGUUUGAUGACCUGGUGUCCGCCCUUCGCUCAGGAGAAGUGUUUGAUAAGGACCUGUCGAAGCUCAAACGCAAUCGCAAGCGGUCCGUCAACCAGCUUGUGGAAAGCGGUGUCCGCGAAAGACCCAUCACCAAGGUCAACUAUUGACAUUGACUUCUGGACAACUUUAAUUCACUGACUUGUAUACUGUAUGUGAAGGAAAAAAAAAAUCCUAACUGCCAUCUGCCUACCUAUUCAACCAAACGUCCUAACCCGUGAUGGCUCGCAUCCUAAAGGCAGACAGAUUCCUAGUGUUCUCGGGGUGUCUGUAAUUCUUACAGCACUGUGCUCAAUAAAUAGGCUAACCUUGUUCUUA